UUCUUUUGAUAAUCAAACAAAAUCCUCCCUUUCUAAUGUAGAUUACGAUUAUUCUAGCUAUAUAUGUUGUUUUCUCUGUUGAGUCCCACAUCGGCUGCUUAGGGAUGGGAUGAUCUCUAUAUGGCCUUUGGCAAUACUUCCUCUGUUCCUGUUUAUAUGAACCUAUUUUUUUUUUAAUCCGUUCAAAAAAAGAAUGAACCCUUUCUAAAUUUGGUAACAAUUUAGCUUAAAUUUACAUUUCUUCACUUGACGAGAAGCUUUUAUAAACACACAAAUACUUUGGACCCCUUUUUGACUUAUUUAGGACCAUAAAUUCCAAAAGUCUUUAUUAUUUCUUAAGCUCCGUGCCCAAUCAAACAGGUUCACGGAGGGAGUAUUACAUUACUUUCUUUUUUAUAAUUAAUAGUUGGAUUUAGAUGUGCAGCACGUUGGAACAUGUUCUCAGAUAUAUUUAAGUUCUUACAUAUUUUGUUCAAAUGGCCAGAAUUUGUAAUCACAAUGACAGAUAGCUGCAACAGACUUGCAGUUGGAAGGGGCAAAAUCGAUAGACUAUCGGAUCUUCCUAUUAAUGUCAUACACCAGAUUCAGGAUCACAUGUCUAUCGAAGACGCUGCAAAAAUGAGUAUUUUGUCUAGUACGUGGAGAUAUGCUUGUGCUUCAAACCCGAAGCUCGUAUUUGAUACAGAGUUUUGCACAAAUAGAACGUCGUCAAACACAAUAGACAUCAUUAGUACAAUUAUGUUGCAGCACCAUGGAGCCAUUAAGAUAUUCCUCGUAGAUAUUUCAGUUAUACAUUCUUCUCAGCACUCAGUUAUCGAUCAGUGGAUGCUAUUUUUGUCAUCAAACGGUCUCAUGGAUCUCACUCUUCAGAAUCAUAACAUUGUCAAUGCUCCUUAUGAAUUGCCUUCCUGUGUGUACAGUGUAGGACUAGAACGUUUGGUCCUGUCGAACUGCAUUUUCAAACCGCCUUGCAGUUUUAGGGGUUUCCUCAAACUCAAAACGCUUUUAUUAAAGCGAGUUGCUUUUGAAUUAGUCGCUGCAACUUCUUCCAUCUUGAUGCCUAACCUUGAGAGACUGCGUUUCACGCAAUGUAGUGGUUUUGGUUUGUUGAAUAUAUAUGCCCCAAACCUUUUUUGUUUAUGUUUCUAUGGUUGUGGCAAUGACACAAUAAAAUUGAGUCCUUUCAUGGAAUGCACGAAGCUGAAGAUAGUUGCAAUUGAAUCACACGACGAAGUUUCACUAAACAGACAAGAUAAAGCAAUAAAAUUGACGAAUCUUCUCAACAGCUGGCCUAAUCUUAGUCAUCUUAUUUUGGGCAGAUACUUCCUCAAGUUUUUUGCUUCUGGUACUGGAGCAGAGAGUCCUCCCACGCGCCUCACCAGAUUGCGAUGUCUCUAUUUAUCUGACUGUGAUUUUGACCGCGAAGAUCAAAUAUCUCCGCUUCUAAGCAUUCUUAGAAGUUCUCCCAAUUUAGAAGUACUUCAGAUUCUGUUGAGCCAGAGGAAGAAAUGCGACAUGGAAGUGGAUGUAAAUCUUAUUGAAGAACAAGACGAUAGGAAGCAAGGACGACUCAAUAACCUUCAAAUGUUGCAAAUAAAAAAUUUCCAUGGUUCAAGAAUUGAAUUGCGCUUUGUAAGGUUCAUUCUUGGCUCUACUCCUUUACUCAGGAAAGCUAUCAUUUUGGUAGAUACAGAUGUUAAUGAAAGACAAUACUUGAAGAUCUCGGAGGAGUUGAUGCGAUUCCCUCGGGCAUCUCCUAAGUCGAAAAUUGUAUUCCGACCCUGGUUGAAAGAACAAGGUAGAUCUUCAAUGCCAUGUUGUUGAGAUGGCCGGAUUCAAAGUUGGAGCCAAGAUUUGAAGUUUAUGGGUUCCGGAAUCUGAUCCGUUUUAUAAGUUACUGUGUUCUAAAUUAAUAAGUUGUACAUAUUC